AGUAUUAACACGUUCAUUAUGCAAUAAGUUCUUAUAGAGUGAGAAUUGUUCUAUAAUCGAAAAAAAAAUUAUUCUACUUUUAAAAAAUAUUUUAGUAAUUAAAAAAAUAUUUUUUUUUUAUUUAAAGAAAGUUUUAAAUUAAUUUGUGGAUUAAAAUUAAAAUUAUGUCAAUUAAGUAUAAAAUGUAUUUACAAACAGUAGUUAUUUUAGUGAUUGCAGUGACAUUUGCUUCGAUUGAGUGUAAUCAGAUGGAUAAACUUGAAAGGACCUCGAGUAAUACAAAGCAUCAAGAGAGAAGUCAAUCAUUAAAGUCACCAGGAUUAUUCAAAGAAAUAAAUAAACGACAGACAAGUGAUCCAUGGAUUGUUAAGGAGUUUACAGGUCGUGAAGAAAUAAUGAAGAUGCACGCAUAUAUUGUGAGAGAUGAAAAUAUUCCAACGUGUUGUAAACCAGCUCAAGCAGCUAGCAAUAAGCGGUACUUUAUGUGCACCGGAGCUAUCCUGACCCUUAGACACGCUAUAACAACAGCAUCCUGUAUGCACUUUGCUGAUAUAUACGAACAUCAUAUUGACGCAAAUCUUGCUCUUCAAAUUGGCGGAAUUACUUCUAAGCCUUAUGUUAUUCGAAUUAAUCGUUAUGAAAUGCAUCCAAAAUAUGCUUAUGAUGUAGAUGCAAAGGAUCACCCUACCCAUAAUCUUGCAUUGCUGUAUCUUGCAUGCAGUAUUAUUCCAGGAACUGCAGUUGUUCCUAAACUUCCUCGAGGAAUAUUUGACGACGUUGGUCACAUGUGUUGUGGCAAUGAAUGCAAUGUUAUAACGAUCGUUCAAACUUCAAAGAAUCUUCAAUUUGCAAGAAUUUUAAAAGCAAAAAAUCUACCAUCACCAAGGCAUGAACUACCUGACGAGUUAGAUGUUAAAAAUACUGUAAGUGGUGGCUAUCAUGGAAGCUUUGACUCACUUUCUGAUACAAAUCCACCAAUACGAGCAGGAAGAAGUAUAAAAUUGCGAUCUUCUUUAACAUCUACUUCACGACGUUCUCGUUCAGAUGAUAGUACAGAAACUAAAAAAAAUUCAAAACCUCGUAACUCGAAAAAACGAAAAAAAGCUAAAAAUAACGUGGACAAAAAUGUCAAAUCAACAACAGCUAAGCCAUCUGCAAAAGAAAAUAAUAGCAGAAGACAAGCUGAGAUAUCUGGAUCAGGCAAUUCAUCGAAAAAUAUUGAUAAAUCUGACAUGGAAGAUUACAACAAGCUGGAAUCAGUUAUCACAGCACAAUUGACAGACAUGAAUGAAGCUAGCAUACAAAAAUUUGCACAAGAAAUUGUUGAUGCAACAAUGAAACAAUUAAAUAAUACUGUAGGAAAAAAUAAUUCAGUUUUAACAACAAAUAAAUCAGAGGAAGCUAGUUUACUGGCUAAAAUAAUAUCAAAUUCAAACGGAAACAGCAGCAUUGAUGAUAUUGCGCGAGCAUUUACAACAGUGAUAACACGAAAUAAUAAUGCUUUAUCAGCAUCCUCUGGCCUUAAUGUUAACCUUGAUGAACUGCCUUCACCACCAGCAAAAUAUGUCAAAUGUCCUCCACUGGGAACUCCAAUAAUCAUUGAAAAUACGCUGGUUGGUAUGGUUGCUUAUACGUGUGAUGAUGUUCAAAGUUGGGUUGAAUGGAAAUAUGUUAGUAUAUCUCAAAAUUUAAUAUGGAUACAAAAAAGAUUAAAUAGCAUACAGCGACAUGCACCACCAGUUGAUUGUGAAAAUAAAGGAAAUAAUUGGCAAAAUGAUGAAAAUGUUGGUCCAAGAUCUCUCACUAAUACUCGAAAUAAUUUAUCAUGGCCUCCUAGAAGUGUUCCAAAACAGAAAAGUGCCUACGAUGAGUACCUCGAGAGAAUACGUCCAAUUCGACAAUUUGGAGAUGACAAUGUAGUCAACAACACUUAUCAAGCAGGAAAUGCAGAUGAAUUACUUAGAUACCAAAAAAUGGAACAAACGAGAAGAAUGAAUGAAAGAAAUCUUCGCUUUGGUAAUGAUGACAAUCAAGGCAACACAUGUUAUAGAAGAGCUGAUGGUUCAUUAGACUGUCGAACAACUGCUAAUAAAUAUGCACUACAAUAAAAUUUCUAAAUUCAUAUUAUUAAUGACGUCUAAUUAAAGGAUGUGUUAAGUUAAACCUGUAUGUGCUCGAUUAAUACUGUUUCUCAGAAUUAAAACAAUGAGCUUUCUCUUCAUAAAAUCUAUGUAUCAUGUAAUCAUUAAACAUACUUCUUAGACACUUGUAGAUCAAUCUGAAGGUUAAUUUGUUUCUUAGAAUGUCUGCACAUUUAUAAUUACAAUUUUAUGGGAGACAAAAAUUUAAUUAUACAGUAAGUAUCACGGUAAAAAAAAAAAACAAAAACAUAACAAGAAAGGAAGAGUCCCGUUGCACUAUCUUAUAUAUAUCUGACAUAGAAGCUUCAACAACUUCACACGACAACCAAAUCUCAAGCAACAUUGACUACGCCCUGAAUAAAAUACACUUCCUUUCUUUCUUUUUAUUAUGAAUCGUUAAUUUUACUGACACUAUCAACAUACUUAAUGGUACCGCUAUAAUAAUCUGAUUAUUUUUCAAAUUCACUCAAUCCGAUAUACUUGGUUAUUUUUUUUUCCAAGAUUUUAUUAAAUUGUGUAAACUGCGUAUUAUAGCAUAUUGGUGUGCGAUCAUUCAAUAUACUUACUCGCUUG